AAUGUAACGAGAAUUGGGCAAUGUAUAUAGAAAGGGUUUGAUGGGUCACCCUUCUGGAGUAUUGUAAAGUUCCAGGAAGAUCAUUUUACAGAAAAUAAUGAUUCUUUUUUGUCAGUGAUCGAAUUUGGAAAUGUGUUUGAGAUGAUGACAUGGAACGUUAACAUACGUAUCAUCGUAAAACCACCAUGUCUCAUGCACAUACAAGCUGCCGGCGCUAUACAGAAAUAUAAAUUUAUCAACGAGUUCGCGCCUGACAAUUCGGAGGAGCCCAUUAUCCAUAGUUCACAGCCAACAUGGCAGGUUGCCAAGAAGCCUCGUCCAGGAUCUGUGGAACGUAUUUUUAGGCUAUAUAUUUUCCAGCUCCUACACAGCAAACACAUCGGCUUCACGUCGGCGGCCUGGAACUCGAUGGUUCAAUGGGUGAUACUGAUCAGUGAUAGGGAUGGCCCGAGGCAGUCUGGCUUGUGGUGUCGUGAUAUAAUGGUGCAGAGCCAGACUCCAGAUACAUGCUGUAUCAACGCCCGCGGAUGUAUAGCAAUUUUGUACAGCAAACAUAAGCGAGCCUUAUAUCCCUGUCAUUUAGCAAUCACUUGUUACUGGUGGUUUGGAGUGCGACUGUUAUGCGCUAUCAGUCGAAUUGCCUCAAAAUUAGAACCGGACCGAGGUCUCUUCAUCUUCACCCCGUAUCUCUCCUUCCCCUCGAUUAUCGACUUUGUGUAUUUCGCUGUCCACUCCGUCUGUACAACCCUACAUCCUUUAUCGACCAAGGUCAUGCCACCCGAAGAGGCCGAGUCAAGCACGUCGACGAGACGGGGAGAAGCGCUACUGCACUCGCCGAUAUAUCGAACGAGUGCGAAGGAUCCACCACCAUAUGGUGCACAGCACCUCCAGAAUGCACUUUGGGAAGCAGGCGGGAAUGAAGCGCUUCCUCCUAAUUGGCACCAGUUUAAGACGUCGUCGGAUGCUGAACCACAAUAUCAAGAUGAUACGCUCUUUAUGGUCUCUUGGAACCGACCUUUACCAGGAGUGCGACUAGGUUAGAGAUGAAAUCACGACAAGGAACGACGAACUCACGGUUGACCAUUGAC